AUGGAAAGCAAAAUACUCGACCGAGAAACGACUGCUGAACUUAAUCCAGCCAAUGAACAAAUCACCAAUAUGAAAUCUAAACGCAAGUACGAUAUAAUCGUUUUUGGCGCUUCAGGAUUCACUGGACAAUUUGUCGUUAUGGAAAUGGGUCGCCUUUCUCAAACAUACAAUUUAACUUGGGCUAUUGCUGGGCGUAACACUGAUAAAUUACAAAACGUAUUAGAUAAAUUGUAUAAAACUUUUGAUGAUUAUGAAGAUAAAACAAUUGAUAUUAUUUAUGCCGAUGUACAAGAUAUUAAAACUGUAAUGAGAAUGGCUCAAACAACUUCUGUGGUUAUAAAUUGUACUGGACCGUAUUAUAUAUAUGGAGAAGUUGUAGUCAAAUCUUGUGUUUUGACAUCUACUCAUUAUGUAGAUGUGACUGGUGAAUCAUUAUUUAUGGAGAAAAUGGCAUAUAUGUAUAAUAGACAAGCCGAAGAAAAUAAUUCAAUAAUUGUUAGUGCACUUGGUAUGGAAAGUGUACCUGCUGACCUUGGUGUAGAAUUUUUAUACAGACAUUUUAAUGGUGAAUUGGAGAAUGUUGACAUGUACAUGCAACUUUAUAGCAGUUCAUACAUAAUAACUAACAGUGCAUUUAUACACGACGGUACUUGGAUAAGUGCUAUAUUGCAUUUGGCUACUAAAAAACAACGCUUAUACUACCGGAAACUGUUAGAUGAGUUAAUGGGAAUAACUAGAGUAAAACCAAAUGUUUUGAAGAUAUUGCAUAGACAACAAAUCAGCAUGCAAGGUGACACUAAAGAAUGGUGUUUGGCUUUUCCAGAACCAGACCAAGCUGUUGUUGCAAGAUCAAUACAUCAUGCUAAAACUAUAGACAAUUUACCUUAUAAUUUUACUGUUCGAAACUAUAUGGUUUUUGGUAGUUUGAUAUCAGCUGUUAUUGGUUUAUUCAUAUUUUUAUUGCUGUCAAUCAUGGCCACAUUUGAACCUAUUAGAAUUCUCCUUGUUCGGUUUCCGAAAUUGUUUUCAUUUGGGAUUGCAACAAAAACUGGUCCAAAUGAAAAAAUAUUGGAAAAUUCACGCAUGUUAUUAACUUUGAUCGGUCAUGGGACAACAUCUGUCAAGCCUCAUACUGCUAUUCUUAAGGAAAUAAAACCUAAAGAUAAUAGUUCAACAAGAAAAACUAUUAUUAAGGUCAAAGCUAAAAACCCAGGUUAUGGAUUCACUAGUAAAUCUGUUAUCUUGGGAGCAGUAACUAUAAUCAAAGAUCAAAUAAAUAUUCCCAAAGGAGGUGUUUUAACGCCGGCAGCUGCAUUCCGUAAUACUCAAUUUGUGAAUCGUUUAAUGGAUCAUGAUGCUGCUGUUUUUGAAAUUGAGUCCGACUUGGUUACUUACAAACAACAAUCAACAUUAAUUUAAAUAUUCUGUCAACUAUUUAGCUGUUUUUAGUUUUUUUUCUAUGUUGGAAAUUUAUUCCAUUAUAAUUUUCUUUAAUGGUGUUAAAAUUUAAAUUUUGUGUCAUUUGUAUGUAUGGAUAUUUACCUUUUAAUUUUAGGUGACUAAUUUGUCUAACAAGUAGCAAUGAAUACAAUCCAAUUUCGUUCUACUUACUUCAUGUUUAUAAUCACAUUUUGUGUAUUUUAUGCCAUGUACCAGCUGUUUAAGAGAUAAUAUAAAACUAUGUAUACAAACUCCUUUACUAAUUGGUUAAAAUAUUCAAUAAUAAAUGUUUAAUAGAAUAAAGUAAAUAUAAGAAUUACGUGUUAAUAUUUCAUAGCCUUUUUAUGUCAAAUAAGUAAUAACUGUUAUAUUUUAUGAAUAAAACAAGAUUACUGCAUUACCUUUAAAAAUGUAAUCAUUCAAUUAUAAACAAUAAGUACUUGCCGAAUUCUGGUCUAUCAAUGAAUUGCUUAUAUUAUAAUUUUAUUCUUGAAUAUAUGGGUAUCUAGUA